CUGAACCUUUUCCGCGCAUGCGUGUUGCGGAGGUCGGGAUUGCCCGCCCUUUCCGACAGAGGGACUGAGGAAGGAGGGGCUCCUUUACAUUGGCAGCAGCGACUUCAAGGUCACCUAAAAGGGUAGUUCAUGUGGACCAACGUGAACCAGUACUGGAAUAGCUGAGUGUCUCUACUCCCAUAUUCCCAUUAUGUUUGAAACCAGUUUGAUUUUGUAGCUGUGGGUUCCCAGAUGGAGUCCAAGAGAAAGAUUCAGCAUCAAGGAACUUUUGAAUGUGAACUGUGUGGAUUAACUGCCCCAUACAGCUACUUUGGACAGAAACCUCCAAAUGCCUACUCAGCUGUCCUCCUGGAAGAAUGCUAUGUCAUGACAGAUCCAUUCACCUCUGACAAGGACAAAUUCCUCAUUCUUGGAUCUCAGUGUAGUUUGUGUCACAAGUGUGUGUGCACUGGCACAGACUGUAGCCUUUUCUAUUCCAAGAGAUUCUGCCUCCCCUGUGUUAACUUACACAUACAGGAGUUUCCUUCGGAAAUAAAGCAAGAUUUGAAAAAGAAAACUCAUUCCCCGUCUUCAAAAAAAAGAGAUUCCGAUCACUCCAAAAAGCCAGUGGCAAGAAAGCGGAAGUCAGGAGAACUUAAAACCAAAAAGAAAUGGUCUUUUGAGCAUCUUGAGUCAACAGUUUUCACAAUAAACCUCUAUGAAGUUUGUGUGAACCACAUUAAUGCAACAAGAGAGUUUUUGACCUGUCAGAAAAUAAUGGCAACUAGCAGUUAGUGCUUAAGAUUCUCUGCAAGAAACACAGCUCCAGGUUCUGAAGCAGCUUUGCUUUCCAAUAUAUAAUGGCCUUUUGUGAUAACUUGCAUCAAUGCUGGAGAUCCAAUUUGCUAACUGACAGUAACAGAAAAAUUGGACUGCUGCUCAAUUUUAACAACAAUCCCAACAUUCAAGUAUCAUUGCUGUUACCAUAAAGCAAAGCUAUUUACUGUAUUGGAAAGAUAUCGACCACGCCAGCUUCUGUUCCUCACCUAUGUGCAAACUGUAUAGAAGCAAUAUUCACCGAAUUACUGUGAUAAAACAUUGUUACUAUGUCCGAUUUGAUUUAUCACAACAUAAUGGAUUAAAAUGAAACAUUCAUACAGCCAGAUUUACUGUAUUUUAGGAAUGCAAAGAGGAAGAGCCAGGAUACAACAAAUUAGUUAGGCAUGGCCACAAAUGUUU